AUGCUGACCAAGCAGGCCUACAAAGCAGUGAGUCUCAUGAAAUCGUUUGGGAAGCGAAUUUUUCUCAUAUCCUUUGAUGGAAACCCACGGCUUACAGUAAUAACGGUGUACAGUCCCACUGAAGCAGCAUCAAAUGAAGAUGCAGAGGAUUUUCACGAGGGACUAAGAUCUGCAGUAGGAGAGGUACCAGCCCAUCAUCUGCUAAUGGUUGUUGGUGAUCUUAACGCCCAUCUUAGCAGAUUGAAUGAGGAGGAUUCAGGUUGGUACUGGCAUCAAGUAUCCAACAGAAACAGAUCGCUUCUCAGGGAUACUUUGUUGGAGGGAAACCUUGAGGCAACAAACCACCGAUUCCAGAAACGUCCCGGUAAACUAUGGACGCAUCUCUCUGACGGAACACUGAGCAAGAGUCAGAUUGAUUACAUCCUGAUAAGGAAGAAGUGGCGUAACUCAGUCAAGGACACUGUUGUCUCCAAUUCUUUUAACUCUCUUGGGUCGGACCACCGUCUAGUAGUUAGUGCAGUCAAACUCAGCCUGCGAAAGUGCCACAAUGCACCUAAAGUGGUGAAAAACAGAUUCUCUAUGCUACUGGAGGAAGAAUCUAGAGAGCAGAACGAUCCCACGAUUCAGUACGGAAAGCUUAUGGAUGCCGUGAAAGCAACCAAUCAUAAGUUGCUUAAGCCCAUCCCAAGAAGACAACGUAACAACCCCUCCCAAGAUCCUAGGGUAUCGGAGAGGAGGAGAACUCUGUUUCAGGCCAAAGACGCAUAUCAUGAGAAUCCUACAGAGGAGAGUAGAGAGGUAGUUAAGGAGUGUAAGGAUGCACUUGCAGAGAGCUACAAAGAGGUUGAGGAGGAGACUCUUGUUUCUCGGAUCAGCCGGGCUGAGGUUGCUGCUGACAGGUGCAAGAAUAAGGAAAGCUGGGACCUUAUUAAUGACAUAAAUGGCAGGAAAAGCAAGCCAUGCAGCCUGGUUGAUGGAGGUAGUGCAGAGGGGAGAUUGAAGAGCUGGAAGGACCACUUCACUAAGCUCCUGGGUCAACCACCAUCUGUACCUGACCAGGAACUAGUUAUCCAAACCAUCCACCCCCAGCAGGAUAUAAAGACAGGUCUGUUUUUCAGGGAGGAGUUAGCGGAGGCGAGGAAGCAGAUCAAGGAGGGUAAGGCCUAUGGUGAUGAUGACAUAGCUCCAGAGAUUCUCAAAAGAGUUGACAUGGACGACCUGAUUCUAGAGUUCUGUAACAGCGCUCUGGUUGAUGGAAAAAUCCCUGAUCAAUGGCGGCAACUCAACAUCGUGCCUGUGCCAAAGAAAGGAAAUCUAACUAAAGUGGAUAACUACAGAGGAAUCGCUCUUACGUCCAUUGUUAGUAAGACCCUGAAUCGUAUGAUCCUUAACAGAAUCAGACCAGCGAUGGAGAAAAUCCUAAGGAUCAACCAAAACGGAUUUCGGGAGGGACGCAGUACCACCAGCCACAUUCUGUGUCUAAGGAGGAUCUUGGAGGGGGCUAGAGACAAAAACCUGACCGCCCUUCUCUUGUUCAUCGAUUUUAAGAAGGCCUUUGAUAGCAUUCAUAGGGGUAUAUUGAUGAAGAUACUCCUGGCAUAUGGGAUACCAGAGCCCAUUGUUAGGCUGAUAGAUGCUAUGUACAAGGACACCAUGGCACGAGUCAUCACGGAGGAUGGUCUGACUGAAGCUUUCCUUAUACUUGCUGGAGUUAUGCAGGGAGAUACACUGGCGCCCUACCUCUUCGUGAUUGUCAUUGACUAUGUGAUGACAACAGCACUUAGAGGCAAAGAUCUGGGCUUCACUGUCAACCCCAGAAGAAGCAGGAGAUACCCAGCAGUUAAGGUGACAGAUGUCGACUUUGCUGACGAUCUUGCACUGACAACAGACACCGCAGAGCAAGCGCAAGAUCUUCUCCUCAGUGUGGAGCUGGCUGCUAACUCCGUUGGACUUCACCUCAACGAGAGUAAGACGAAGUACAUCAGAGUCAAUCUCUCUGAGUCUGGCUCUACCGUCAUUAAAGCAGCAAGUGGACAGGAGAUAGAGCAAGUAGAUGACUUUGUCUACCUUGGAAGCAGAAUAAUGAGUGCGGAGAAGGACUUUGAUGUUAGGAAAGCAAAGGCAUGGGGGGCCUGUCAUCAGUUAAAGACAACCUGGAAGUCUGGAAUGCGCAGGGACUUAAAGAUCCGUGUCUUUCGAGCAACGGUUGAGUCCGUACUCCUGUACGGCUCUGAAGCUUGGACGAUAAGCCAAUCCAUGACUAAGCGGAUCAAUGGAUGCUACACUAGAAUGCUCCGGAUGGCCUUGAACAUACGUUGGCCACAAAUCAUCAACAACAGUGAUUUAUACGGCAACAUCCCCAAGCCAUCAGCGAUGAUAGCCUCCAGAAGAAUGAGACUGUCUGGACAUGUAGCCAGGCAUGACGACCUUCUGGCAAACCAACUUCUGUUCUGGGACCCUCAGCAUGGAUACAGGAGACCGGGGAGGCCCCACCUUACGUUUCUGGACAUGCUAAAGAAUGACACCAGCCUUUUCUGUGUUGACGAGAUAAGAUCUGUUAUGCUUGACCGCGACGUGUGGCGAGGAAUUGUAUAUAGCUGCUCGGACCAAGAAGCCGACUUAAUGCGGUUAUCUGUUUGGUGA